AUGGCUGCGAUUCAGCGUUUCCAGACUUUAUAUAGCACUUAUCCCAAUGCGUACUGUGAGAGGGGCGAGGACAAAGAUAUCAUCUCUCUUCAUACUUCAUCUGAUGGCUUUUUCUUACGCUGCUUUCUUUCUUUAGUAAUUUGUAUUUACAAACCUGUAAGUUCCCAGAAAAACCACUCAAACUUGAUAAGUUUGGGUUCUUCACUUUCCACCAACGUCCGACCAACUUCAUGGCGCUCACCUUCUGGCAGAUUUGCCUUUGGGUUCUAUUCACAGCGCAGCGGCUUUAUAGUGGGAAUUUGGUUGGCGGGUAAGCCAGAUGAUAUAAUCACCUGGACAGCAACCCGAGAUGACCCUCCUGUGCCAUCAAAUGCUAAGCUAGAGUUAACCAUAAACGGUAAGCUCCUUCUAAGAACAUAUGCGAACAAUGGGGUCAGUGAAGAGAAACUCGUUGCUAAUAUAGAGGAGUCAGCUUCAAACGCUGUUUUGCUUGAUUCUGGAAAUUUAGUGCUCUACAAUGAACAUUCUGAUGUAAUUUGGGAGAGUUUCAACUUUCCUACAGAUGCGAUAUUGGGAGGCCAGAAUCUACAUGCCGGGGGUGAACUGUUAUCCAGAGCGUCUACAGCCAACUUGUCAACAGGAAGGUUUCAUCUUAAAAUGCAAUAUGAUGGGAAUCUUGUUUUGUAUCCCACAAACACUCUAGACACUCCACUAGAUUCUUAUUGGAACACUGAAACUCCUGAGUCCGCUGGUUCCCAUCUAUAUUUAAAUUAUACAGGAGACUUGUUACUUCUUAGCAACACCUCGGUCAGAGUUAAAACUGUGUUUGACUCUGAUUCAGAAUCUUACAGCACUUCAAUUAUCUACCGCGCAACAUUGGAGUAUGACGGAAUUUUUCGAUUGUAUUCGCAUAACUUCGACAGCAAAGGUGCCUACACUACAUCUCUUACGCAUUAUGAACCAGAUAGUCAGUGCGAAGUGAAGACUUUCUGCGGGCUCAACAGCUACUGCAACAUGAACGACGAUCAACCUUACUGCCGUUGUUUUCCUGGCACUGAUUUUGUCGAUCCCGACCAGAUAUAUCAUGGAUGCGAGAGAAACUACCAUGAAGAAUUAUGCAAAGUUGCAGAAGAAACAUCGUUAUAUAGCAUUACUGAUAUGGAGAAAAUGACUUGGGAUGACAUUCCUUAUUUUGAAAAAUCCAUGUCUGAAGAAGAUUGCAGAAGGUCCUGUUUGCAGGACUGUAACUGUGCUGGUGCGUUGUAUGAAUCCGGGGACUGCAAGAAACAGAAGUUCCCAGUGAAAUAUGCUAGGAGAAUGCCAGAUGGUUCGUCAAAGCUUUUCUUCAAAGUGGGUUUGAAGAGUAUCGAGAGCAGAAACCGAUCCACUGCACCUGCAUUGAAGCCUCCGGUGGUUCUAAAGACAAGCAAGAAGACGAUGAUGCUCAUUUUUGUUAUGAGCGUCGCCUUCACUGCAUGCUCUUCUGUCGCCAUUGCAAUUUCUGGGUUUUUCAUCUCUAAGUCGAGAGAUGUUAAGAGACGAAUGCUGGUACGAAGUGGAAAUUUUGGCUUGGCCCAUGAGCUCACUCUGAGAGCAUUUUCAUAUCGUGAGCUUAAAAAGGCAACCAAGGGUUUCAAAGAGGAGUUGGGCAAGGGAUCAUUUGGAGCAGUUUACAAAGGGACUAUAUGCAAAGGUAAAAGAGUUAUUGCAGUGAAGAGGCUGGAGAAGUUGAUCAGUGAAGUGAAGGCAGAUGUUUACAGUUACGGAGUUGUGCUAUUGGAACUUGUUUUCUGCAGGAAAAAUAUAGAAACUAACGUAUCAAAACUAGGGGAAGUUGUACUUUCUAACUGGGCAUACGAGCUUUUGGUUGCAAGAGAAUUGGACAGGCUUAAUCUUGGUGAAAAUGUAGACUGGCAGAAUCUGGAGAAGAUGGUUAUGGUAGGCAUUUGGUGUAUUCAAGAUGAACCAGGUCUCCGUCCCUCAAUGAAGUGUGUUGUGAUGAUGUUAGAAGGAAUUACCGAUGUGCCUGUUCCUCCACGUCCAACUGCAGCUUCAGCAUAA